CUUCUAAGAAGGAUGCAGAAAAAUCACGCUUGAUUCUUCUUGCGUGCAACUUCUUCCCGGUGUCGAAACCAAAGUAGAGCAGGACAUCCCCCACGUUCCCCUCAGUACGUACACGUAGGUGUGCAGGAGAUCUCCCUUUUCCGUUUUUUACUUUCUAUCAAGUCGUCGCUCAUAAGUAAAUACUAUGAUGACGCUGCAGCACGAGCACCACGACGUCGAGGACAAAAAUGUGUUGAAGAAGCAUGUGAAGAUUUUUUCAUGGUGCGCUCUUCUUCAUCUCCAGCACAAAUCCUGCACGGUGAGCUGCGCGAGCACGGACGAACACCCGCCCACCACGCGUACAACUACCAAGCGCGCCAGGAACCCCACCUUUUUUUGUCCCGACCCUGGGCAAUGCGUUCGAGACAAGCCGAUGGAUAGGGUUCUAUCUUCCAUUCUUGCAAGUGAAGAGGAAGAAGCAUUUUCAACAAGUAUUACACUACCUCGAAGCAACGAUGAAAGUAACAAGUUCUACCAGAUCCGCUCCGAGUGCGUUCCGAUGGCGCCGUCCCGCAAAUUUCUGAAUCCGAAGACGCCGGGGAAAGAACCGGCAUUCACGCCCUUUCCGAGAAAGAACGAAGACGAUGAACAAGAAGUGGACCUCCACUUGAGCAGGUACUACGCGACCCCGCCAUGUCCCGAGGUGCGAGAGUGCCUGGAGCUGCUCGGCCCGAAUAUUUUUACCGUUACCCCAAGAAUUUGGCGCCCGGACGAGCCCCUCGACUCGCCCUCGCGACAAGGGCAGACGCAGAUGAGCAGGACAGAAAAUACUAACUUGUGGUCCCCCGAAGAAUACGACGACGGCGAGGAUCCUCUGCAUCGGACGAUGCGGUGCGACGUCAGUGGGAUUUUUACGAACAACUGGUCCGAGGAAUUUAAACGGGCACAACAAGUCGUCCGGGAUGAUGUCGCCCCAAACCGGUUGACGGAAACUUCCCAUAAACCAGCAUAUAUGGACCCAGAAUUCCUGUCCACCGCUUUUUGCGUGACCGAAGUAAAUAAAGAAAAGGACGACCAACAACCAGACGGAGACGUCGAGGCGAGUAAGGUCGUGAAAGGGCAGGAGAAGAAGGGACGUCGAGCUCGAGACGACGAGAGGACUGCAUCGUCGGGUUCUACAACUUCUUCUUCGAAAGAGUUGUCUACUUCAGAAGUGCAGAGGGCCCCCGCUGCAGCACAUCAUGUUGACACGACCAAGGAUGUUGAACAAAAAGAACUGAAAUGCGUGUUUACGGCCACCCACCUCGACGCGCACGCAGAGACGUGGAAAGCAAAGGAAAAUUCUCAGGGAGAUGAUUUCGACUCGCAGGUGGCCGAUUUAGGGGAAAACGGCAUCGCCCCGACUGCUAUGGAACAACCGGGAAGAUCACAUUCACAACUUGGCGCAGCCGCCCCAAGCUGCCGAAAAGUGGACGACUGUGUCGCCCUUUUGUCAUCCGGAUAUGACUUGGACCUCCCCAAGGCUAAGAAUCAAAGCGACGCAGCGCCGCGCAUGAAAGUGGCAAAAUAUUUAGAGAAAAAACGGGCCGCCGCGAAAAAAGUUGUUGAUGAGAAGGAGGCAACAUUAAGUAGAACGAGUCCACCACCAAACACGACUUCUUCUACAAAAGGAAAUAAAGCGUCAACAUCUUCCGUCACGCUGGCUCCUGCAGAAGAGGACGACGAGCAGGAGUUGUUGUUCACCGGUGGAUCAUCAACAUCAACGCAGAAAAUAAACCAGAUUUCCCCAAGAACGCCGCCGCCUUCUCGAGUCGCUACGGGCGGCGCGCCCAACGAGCCGGACGCGGCUUUCCAAGUAUCGUAAGGAAAGAUCCCCCCUGCCCAUAUCGAAAAGGACCCCAUAGAAAAUUUGCAAUGCUGAUUUGUGGCCACAAGUCGUCUCUGUCUUGCAAGAAGACAACCCCACAGGCUGCGCCGCAUUAUGCGGGCGGUUUGUGAUGCUGUUGGGCCAGGGCCUGCAGUGUGGGCAUUUGUAAUGCUGGGCGCCUACGUCAAAACCCCGCUGCCCCGGGUUGGCAUGUGCCUGCGGUUCUCUGCUGCAAGACAAACCUGAUUCGUGUACGCAAAUCCAGCACCACAGAGCUCCUUUUCGAUGUGAGGAGGUGGGGUCUUUCCUUUUGAUACCAAGACGAGGUUGACUACACUAGAAACCGAAUCGCCGCCGAAAUGGUAGUGUUGCGGCGAGAGGUUGAUAAACAUAAAUUGGAGGCAAUGCUUAUCCUGAGUAAAAACGUACCCACACCAGAGUCAGGAGGGGGAUUUUGCAACACAAACCUAGGAGUUUUCUGAGUCACGCAUGACAAGUUUCAGUCCGUAAGGUAGUGCAAGUUAGCAAGGAAAGCCGCAUCACAAAUCGACCUUCUGAUCCUGUUUACAGCAUUACAAGUUCCCAAACACGAUUGAAAAUGCCUGUCAUGGGGUUGCGCAUCACAAAUGUUCCUGUCAUGGCAAAUCUGCAUGACAACUCUGGGGUGGGUACGUUUUUACUCAGGAUAAUGCUCUCUGACAAGGAGAAAAAUAGGAAAACACUCCUGGAUUUGCUGGAAGAGAAGGUAAAGAAAAAAAAGAAACGCUGCGAUGAAGACCAAAUUGACGCUGCUACGGCCGAUAACCUAAAAGCGCUUCUCCACUCCGAGCAGGGGAAGCUCAAGAUGCAGGUGGAAGCGGCGGGCAACGUGGUUGCUGAGAAAGUAGGAGGAGGAGAUUCAUCAGAUUCUGCACAACUACGCAGUAGUAACAUGAUUCACACCUUGGAAAAAACUACAAAAGCCAACUUCGACAAAAUUAGUACCGACAAUUGGAAUUGGUUUUGGCACGGCGGCGAUCUAGUGGAGUUUGAAACCGGAAAAGUUUUGGUAUGAACUGCAAAAAUGUCGUACUAGUAUAGUAAGUAUGAAUUGCAUUACAAAUUCGCCCAGCGUUACAAUCGAAUCUGUAAUGCUGAUUUACCUUGAGAAAGCAAAGGGAUUUCUUUGUAAUGCAUAAACGCAAUUACUACGAGUACGAUGCUUUUGCACAGGAUAUUUGGAAAAAGACGCCGACUCGUUCGUGUCCAAAGUGGACACGUUGUUGGCGCAGUGGGAGACGUUUCAUCACGGGGACAAUGAAAAUGAUGGGGGCGAAGAGAUGAAGAAUUAAUAAAACAACAAAAAGAAACAGUUCUUCUUCUUCUUGAUUAUUUGCAUCUUUUUCAAGGUUUCUCAUUCUCUGUAUAGAGACGAGGUACCGGCAGAGCACUUCACUUGUUGCGUUUUUACCCAGCCGGCCUAGCGAUUUUUUUAUCUUGUUCGUCACUUCAUUCUAAACCGAGUAAACGUAUUUCUCGCUGGUGUUGCUUGUGAGUUUGUUUCUCAAAAAAAAAUGUUAACGCUCGCUCGUGACACAGUAGCGCAAUUCAGUGUCCGUCAGACGCGCUUGGUUGCAUGGAAUUAUAUCUCUAGUAGGCGAGCAGCCUGCUGUUUUGCGAUCAUUGGUUGCGAGACCACGACCGG